ACUUUAGUAGGUUAGUACGCGUCGAGGGCAACGGGCAUUUAAGCGCAGUGUUGUAUCGCGAGUACUAAACACCUCCCGACGAUCGCCCUCUCCACCCCCUCGAACCGGGACAGGGUUGUAUCCCGACGUUUAUAUAAGUUAGGACUGAUGUUUUCUUCUUAGUUGUACUGUUAGUGUUGAUCUGCUGCUGCUGCUGCUCAUAUGGUGAUGUGUUCCCUCGGAUGAAAAUGUUCGCGCGCGCGGCUUCUCUUCUCUAAGCAGUAAGGGCUUAAUACUAGAUGCUUUGGACGAAACGAGGCAUUUCGUGUUAGAACGCUGACUAAUGUGAACGUGCUGAUUGUUGCCUGUGAAGUGUGUUACUGGGUACACAGAGUGUUACUGCAAAUUUGCUGGUGGCCUUAGAGUGUAGUGUCAGAAGGGAGUCCCUAGCGCGUGUGUCCCACUUCGCCGUCGAUUAUGUUCUUGAAGAACGUUGAAGAGCGACGUGACUCGAUGUGGUGUAAUUGAUGGUUGAAGAGUUCUAAGUGCAGCAUCCAUUCCAAUUCUGUAGUGAUUGAAUUAGCCUCCAAAGAGGAAUUAGUACGAAUCAGCGUAACUUCUCUGUGUGGUUGGUGACUAACUGGUUGAUUGGUACCACAUUCAAUUCAGUCAUGUGAAGAAGAUUCUUGGUGUUAUUCAGUGAAGCGCGGCACAGCAAUUUGCGGCGAUCGACGAAAAGGGCGUGACUGUCACGCGUGCACACAUGUGACGGUUCUGGGCUGUCGGAUUUUUUUGACCAUUGCAACUGUUUGAGCCCAAAAUUGGAGUGUUAUCCCGACGUUCGUCUUGCACAAAGGAGCUUCUUUCAGAAUGGUGAUCUGUUGCGCGAAGAAAGGAAACGAAAUCAACGCACAAGAAGAGAUCGCUUUUCAGCAGCGUGAAGAGAAAGAGUGAAAGACGGGGCACAAUUAUUCCAAUUCUCGAAAAAAGGACGGCACCACUCAACAUCUGGCCCCUUCGUCCCGUCGUCGGGUUGUCGUCUUCAUUGGCCUCUCCUCACUUCGGUUCAGAUGGCAAUGUGAGUUUUCGAACCCAUAAACGUGUGUUUUGUGUGUUGGUUGGUUUUGUGCGCUAUUUUUAGAAUGUACUAACUUCAAAAACACUCUUUUGCUUGCUGUGUGUAUAUGUUCUCUUCUGCUGUUUCUGGUGCUGCUGCUGCCAAGCUAGGCUAAUAUACAAUUAUGACCAUCAUGCAUUAGAGACAUCCCAUAUGAUUGGGGAGAGCAAAAGCGCUGAAAUAGUGCCUGCUGCUUCAUGUGUGUUGUAUCUUGGCUCGAACUCGGAGCAAAUUUUGUUUGAUUAUCUCAGCGACUAUGUUAUCAACAACUGGAACGCAGCAGAGGAAUACUCUUAGUAGCGUUAGGCCCUGCUGUUGCUGCUGCUGCUUCAACUGCUUCGGAAGGCGAUAGCAAUAUUCAUCACAAGCUCAACGCUGGAAGACGAAGAACAAAUGCUGGAAUGAAUUGUCAUUGACACGCCAACGCAGUUCCCCACCGACAAUCCUGAAAUAUGGACGCGCCGUCCAUGGUCCAACGUGAUGGCGACAAAUUGAUCGUGCGGCGAGUGGUCAGUGGCGACGAAGUGUUUCUCAACCAACUGAACGAUUCGCCCUCGCCGGCAUCGUCCAGCAAGGAUCAGCACCAAUCGUCCGCUUCGAACCAAUCCCUGGCGGAUAGUUUGAAGAUUUACCCAGGAGAAGAAGAUCUCAGCAAGUUCGGUUUGAUAUUGGAGGACAGUAGUGGCCCGAAGGGAACAUCCAGUGAGGCCGGCGAUUGCAUCGAGCAGCAAUUGCCCCAGUGUAAAAUCAAGCGAAACUAUUCGUGCAGCAAUUGUACGUACUUUACCCAGAAUCCGCGGAAGUAUUUGACGCAUUUGCGCGAUGUGCACGGCGAGAAGAUCAUUAUCAACGAGUGCAAGCGAUGUCUGUACGCGUCGCGCCACUAUCAGAAGCUGGUGCGCCACAUGAAGAUGGUGCAUGGCUCGACGGACGGCAUCAAGACACCGUUUAGUUCGCGACGAAGAGGAACGUUUCGUAAAGAGUACUUUAAGAAGAACAAGUUCAAAAUGAAUACCAAUCUACCAGAAAGUGAUUUUUACAAUCAAAACAGAGCGAGUUAUUUGGAACAACUGAACAAGAUGCUGCGCGGUGCGGCUGGUGGGGGAGUGGGUGGAGAAAGUGCUGCGGAAAAUCAAAUUUAUUUAGCGAACUAUAAGCACGGUCUAACACUGGCCGACCCGUCUCAACAGUUAUCGCAGCUGAAGGGCUCAUCAAACAUAAAUAUCUUUGCUGAUAACGGUGGAACUUCGUCGCUCGGCUGCGCUAGUACUAGUGGUGAUUCAAGCAGUCAGGUAAACAACCAGGAUCUACUGGCCAUGCUGCAGCACAAUUUGGUGGAUAAGAAUAAGCAGCUUACGAUCACCCCGACUUCGAUGGCUAGCGGAAGUGGUGGAAGCGGAGCGGAAAUGGUUACGAAACAGAAGAAGAAGGUUCGUCCCAUCCCCGAUCUGAUUCCGCUGCACAGUAUUGGACAACUGCAUUUGCGUGGAGAAGUCGGAAAGACAUACCACCUAAACCCAGAGGUUACCAUCAAAAGCCGAGCAGCAGAUAGUGAUAACAAUAAUUCCAUAGAUGCUGCUGGCACGUCUGGGAAAACGUUCGUCAUCGAUGAUGAAAGUCCAAUCAAUCUGACGGCAGAUCAGAACGGCGAUAAGAGUUUGCAGCAUCAGUGCAUUUUCUGCCACAUUAUGGUGAGAACGACGGAUGAUUUGGCGCUGCAUUUGCGUACGUUUCACAGCGAGGAACUUUUCACUCUGCUCUUGCAAAAGAAACCCGAAGAUAGCGGCCAGGCUGAUCUGCAGUCGUAUACAGCCGAGAGCUUAACGAUAGACAUCUGGAAGAGGCUACUGGAGAACAAUAAAGCUAUAUUGGAAGAACAAGAGUCCCGUGAAAACGAUAGCGAAAUGCAAUCGGGGCAGUAUUCCAACGAUGAAGAUGAUGCUGAAACAGUUGAAUCAGCAAUUAGUAAAAAUGAAACAUAUCUCGGAGUGGAAACUGCCCCUGGAUAUGGUGAGGUUACGAGUAAGUACAACUUAGAUGACGGCACGACGCAGACUUCUGUAAUGAAGAAGGUAUUCAAGUGCCCCCAUUGUUCGUUCUGGGCUUCGACGGCUUCACGGUUUCACGUGCACAUCGUAGGUCACCUGAACAAAAAGCCUUUCGAGUGUUCGCUUUGUUCUUACCGGUCCAACUGGCGAUGGGACAUUACCAAACAUAUUCGUUUGAAGACUAUUCGAGAUCCCAGUCAUAAAAACGCCGGUGUUCUGAUGAACGACGAAACCGGUCGACGGAACUAUACCAAGUAUAACCGAUACAUUACGCUGAUGAAGGUCACCGAUAACAGCUUCAAGGACAGCUCUUCCAGUUCGAAGUCCAUGAUCGAAACGAGCCAAGCUGACUAUCUGGCCAUGUGCAAAGCAGCCGGCGAUUCUCCCGCCAGUUUGAACAGCCUGGCCAAGAUGUACUCCAGUGAUGAAUUGGCGCAAGCGUUUAACUUAGCUUCCAUGAACCAGAUGGCCCGAUUCGAGCCGGAGAUGCUGCAAACCCUGGUGGGAAUGCCAAAACCCUUGCCAACAGAAGACGCUAAAUCGUCGCCGCAGAAGGCGUACAAGUGUAAGAAGUGCAAUUUCAAGAACCCCUUCCGUGAACUAGUGCUGUUGCACAUCAGGUCAACGCACAUGGCCGUGGACAAGUCGGCAAACUCCAGCGAGGCCGAGUUGGACCUGAUGCCCUGCGAGGUGGACCCGGACGUUGAACCGAUCGAAACCGCUACCUCAGCAACAAACAGUACGCUUAAUCCCCAAUCUCCGCUAAGAACAUCAUUAUCACCACUGUCGGGUGUUAGUCCCAGAAGCGAAAGCGGCGGUAACAUCGGUGGUUUGACCGGUGCCUCCACCAGUGCUAGUACCACUCCUAGUGUGACUUCCGGUUCGGCUAGUGGUUACAAUAGUAACAAUUAUACUACUAACGCUACAUUAAUUGGUGUCGGAUUAAACUUUACCCAGGCUGUAGCUAAUGACAAUCGGUUGGGAACUACCUAUACUCUCAGUAAUACUAUACCAAGUGUCGUGUUUGGUGGUGAGGUGAAUAGGACGAUAAACACUGCUAGUACAACUACCCAAUCUACUACUAUAAGCGCUAGUUCUGCAUCGGCUAGUACUACCAAUACCAAUACCACUACUACUCCUCCCUCUACUAGUACUACCACUACCACUACCCCAGCGGGUGGCAAGGGGCAAGGGGCGUCCAACUCGUGGCGUCCGAGUGCCCCCUAUCGGUGCGGUCAUUGUCAUCAGGUGUCGAAUUGGAAGCAUGUCAUUCAGAGGCACUGCCGUUUAAAGCAUAAUGGCAACGUGCUGAUCGAGAUGGUCAACGGCGCCAAACAGUCACAAAACGUAACUGAUACACGCAAUUUGAAGAAAGUGAGAAAGCCAUUUCAAUCAUUCGACUCAGUUUCACAGGAUAUCCCCGUUCAGCCGGUCACGCUGCACCCGAUAGAGCUCGUACCCGAGGUGAGUCUAAUCGUCCAGGACGUGCCACUUCUGCAACCUCCACCGUUGGCCAUCAUCCCCAUUGAAAACUUAAUCAGCAGUGGUGCCAUCCCGCCGAAUGUCACAAUAGCUCCCGUACGAAUGCGAACCCCACCAAUGACCACAACGUUCAUCAAUCUGACGGAUGAUUCCUCCCUGGAGCCACCAUCUUCGUUCCCGACGCCUAUGCAAACCGACAGUGCCCCAACCAGUGAUGCCAACACGGAAGAACCAUACGAAGAACCGGCCACGACACACCGGAUGAAACGAUACCAGUGCGAUGCCUGUCCAUACGAAACCGACAGCAAGACCCAGUUUGCUUACCACAAGUCUUUCCACAAACCACGUGGUGAUCCAUAUAAGUGUAACAUUUGUUCAUAUAACGUAACUAAGAAGCACCUGUUAAUACAGCAUCAGAAGACACAUCAAGAACGAAGUGUUCCCUCGACGAGUUCCAGUGGCCACCACGUGGCAAAGCCCAAAGUGAAACCAGCAGUCCCGGCUGCUGUAGGAAUCGGUGAACUCUCGUUAGUGAUGGGUAAUGAGACCAAAUCAACCGGAUUGACUCCAGCCGACAUUCUAGACCUGACGAAGAAAAUCAGAGACGAAGUAAGUAUCACACCAGCCGGUGGAACCAUCACCGAAACUAUCCACAUAGACGAAAAGAUCGUCUACUACUGUGCUUACUGUCCGGCUCGGUACUUGGACGAAAGUGAAAUCGUCAUCCAUCAGAAUCGCCACACCCAGGAGGAAAAGUACAAAUGUGAACUCUGUUCAUUCUCGACGUGUGACGAGUCCGGUGUCACAACCCACAGAAAUGUCCAUUCAGCCAACUAUCGCCGAGGAACGAAAGAACUUCGGAAGCUGAACAUUGAAAGCGAUAAACACCCUCGAAGGAGGCUAAUUCAGAUAGGUGAUGCCGAGAAGAUAUGGGUGGUUCAGGCGGACUACGAAAGGCUGCACAAUAUGCAAGCCGAUUCGCCGGAACCGGAACCUGACCCUCAACCGCGUCGGUCAACCAGGUCUAAGAACAACAGUCCGUCCAUUACCGCCGCCGUCACCGAGAUCACCAAAGAGCCGAAAGUGUACAGCUGUGAGCACUGCGACUACACCGACAGUUCCGAGUGUUCCUUCAAGGACCACGUCAAGUUCCACUUUUCGGCCAUUCUGUUCCCGAAGGUGAACAAGUACGCCGCCCUGGACCGGUCGGGGGAACCGUUCAAGCUGAUCGCGACCGCCAAGGAUGAUCCGAAGGACGCGUUCGAGCUGAACUACGACGCGAAGGAAACGGCCAAAGCUGGCGCCAUCGGCGAGUGCAACAGCACCGAUAGGAUUAUCAUUGAAAUCUAGGCAAAUAGUUGUGAAAAUAGAUGUAGCUUUAGCAUUGAGGGCGUCGUACCGAGAAGACUGGCUGCGAUUGGGAGGGGGUAUUUAUUGCCAGGCAGAUAAGUUGGAAUGUAUCUAACUUGAAACUUGCCUUUAAGAUAUUUACCGUUUAAAUCACGGUUUCCUAAAGUUUGUGAUCAUUUCGAUUUGCUCCAAUAAAAUUAUUUUAGGAUGUUCCAAAACUUAUCUUCAAAAUCAAAACUAUUAUUUUUUGACAAAACAUACAAUCUUCUUCAUUGAUUUGGUCAAAAUUUUGUACCUAUAAAGUAAAAAAAUUACAGUUAAGAAAUUUUGAUCAACAAAAUGUGAGCGUCGAGUUUGAAGCAUGUGUUCAGAAUUUUGUUUCAUUGGUUAUUUCUUAAAUCUACUGAAAGCUAGAUCAUACUAAAAUCACCGAUUUUCAGCUAAGAAUUUAAUUAUUUUUCGACUUGUGAUUUGAGCUUGCUCACACAAGGAACCAACCAGGUGACUGCACGGGACUAACAGACGCACUCAGUGAAUAAGUGCUGGUGAUCUUCUACUUUAGGCGACAAUGGCGCCUGCCACGUUAGAAUGGAGACCAAUGGACCAUCAACGCCGUCAUUUGAAAUUCUACUUUUGAUUUCUCUUGAAACUCCUUUUUCGGAUUCAGCUAUUUGAAGAGGGUAUCCUGGCGGAAUUAUUUUGAAAAUUCGUAGCAAAAUCUGAAGUAGAAUUUUUGAAGGUUUUUUUCCAGACAUGAAUUUUGUCGUCAACUCCAUGAAUGCAUACAGAGUUUUUUUGUUCCAAAGUUUUUGAAAAUUUCUGCUACCUGCCACUCUUUCCCUUUUUUCAGUUUGAGUCGAUCAUAGAUAGUUUGGAAGGUUUUGAAUUAAAAUACCGUAUUUUUGGGGCAAAUAGUUCACCUAAAAUAGUGCGAACUUUUCAUUAUAUUAUCUUUAGGAAUUGAAAUAUUAUCUACUUAAUUUCGGCAAAAUCAGUACCUCGAUGAAUUCUAUCAGCGUUUGUAAUUGAUUUUUUAUGAAACAAGCUUGAAAAAACGAUGCUGCUAGUAGACAGGUUAAAAUUGAAAAUGACUCACUCACAGUGGUAUUCCCAAAAUCAUAAACUUUUUCUGUAGCAUGUUAAAACAUGCUUUUAUCGGUAUGGUGUCUAAGGAUAUUUUUUUUUUUUCAAAUAAUGUGGCGCAUCGGGUGACCAGAUUAUUUAAUCCGUAAAAAUACGGUGUCUUUGACAAAGUUGUAAAUCAAUGGAAUUGAAACAAGUAUGCUGAUUACAUGAACUCUCCGUCUGAUCACCCUACUGAAAUACAACGUAAUUUCAUAAGAGGACUUCACAAUAUCAUUUGAUGCGAAUUUUAUAAAAAAAAAAAUAGAUUUUGAUGGUUACAUCAGCAGAAUUAUUUAAAUAGUUAAAACAUACAACUUUGUGGAACUGAAUAGAGUUCUAAAACGCAAACAGGAAAAAAUUGUCAAUUUUUCAUUGGAGGCAAAUGGAUGCAGAUGAAACCUCCCUGGAUCCAAACUACAUUAUAAUCAGUUGAAUAUGCCAAUGGUUUCACCUGAGUAUCCAAACGAGUAAACUUAAAUGUCAUGGACCACUAUUUCAAGCUCAAAAAUGACCUGAUCUGCUUUUCUAUUCAUUUUAAAACCCCAUAAUGAUCAAGAAAGAAAUGUCCUUUAAUUAUUUACAUGUCAUGCAAUGUUAUACAUACCUAAAUCGAAAAAUUAUUUAAAAAAAAUAUUAGUCUGGAAACUUAUUUCCGGAUUAUAAUGUUCUUGCUCACUCACAAAGCAUGUUUGUAACAUCAAAAGAACCGCAAUCCUGACAUUGUUUUCAUUAUAUUCUGUGAUAGCUGGAAAAAAUGUCACUGAAUGAAAAAAUACCAUCCUGUGAAUUCUUAAUGUUUUGAAGAAAGUUUGAAAAACAUGGAAUAGCUCUUCAUAAAUUAGUGCCUACAUUCAUAAAAAUAAUCAGCGCAAUUAUUCUUCUGUAUUUUGACCAAGUUAGACGACAUUGGCAAUAUAAGACAUUAAAAAAAUCCCAACAUAGCUGUUUAUAUGAU